ACUUCCCAAUUCUUCACACACACACACACACACAAAUACAAACUCCUUCAUAUUCAUUUCUCUUAUAGACCAAAUAACAACCAUGAUUCCGGCGGAAAUCACCGGAUACUUCCAAUACCUAUCGCCGGAAAACUUAGCAACAAUCCCGGCGGAAUUCAAUAUCAUAAACAUGCCCUCAUCUCCAACUUCUUCUUCUUCCUUAAACUACCUAAACGAUCUCAUCAACAACAACAACUAUUCUUCAUCAUCCACUUGUCAAGAUCUCAUGAUGAGCAACAACUCAGCUUCCGACGAAGAUCAUAAUCAAAACAUCAUAAUACUCGACGAGAGGAAACAGAGGAGGAUGCUUUCAAACAGAGAAUCCGCGAGGAGAUCUAGGAUGAGGAAACAGAGACACCUCGACGAGUUAUGGUCUCAAGUGAUAAGGCUUCGUAACGAGAACAACUGUCUUAUCGAUAAGCUGAACCGCGUAUCGGAGACUCAAGACAGCGUAUUGAAGGAGAACUCUAAACUCAAAGAAGAAGCUUUUGAUCUUCGACGGCUUGUAUGUGAACUAAAAUCUAACAAGAAGAACAUCAACAACAGCAACAACAGUUUUCUACGAGAGUUCGAAGAUGUUUAGUAUUUUCUUCAAAUUGAAUCGGAGGGGCAGAGAUUUUGGGUUUGUGUUUUUUUUUGCUAAAUAAUUUUGGGUUUGUGUUAUUCCUAUGUAUCAACAGAAAAAAGAUAUUAACCAUAAAUAAAUAAAAGAAA